AGAGGAUAGACAUAUUCCGACGGACGUUAUUUUUUUUUUUUUUAUUUACACUACUUUCUUUCUUUCUUUUUUUUUAUAUUGUAUUGUAUAGUAUUUGUUUAUAGUCAUCUAUCAUGUCAGCCUCUAAUCAAGCCAAAGCAAGAAGAAUUGCUGUUCUCGGGUCAACUGCUGUUGGUAAAUCUUCUCUUGUCAUUCAAUUCUGUGAAAAUCAUUUCGUCGAUAGUUAUUAUCCUACUAUUGAAAAUACAUUUACAAAGACUAUCAAAUAUAGAGGCCAUGAAUACACUGUAGAGAUUAUGGAUACAGCUGGACAGGACGAAUAUUCUAUUUUAUCAUCUCAUCAUGCUUCAAGCGUUCAUGGAUAUGUAUUAGUAUAUUCGAUAUCAUCAAGAUCUAGCUUUGAUAUGUUAAAAAUCAUUCGUGAUAAGAUCUUGGAUUUUACAGGAUUGGAAAGUGUACCAUGUGUGAUUGUAGGAAAUAAAUCUGAUUUAAAUAUCCAGCGACAGAUAUCCCAAGAAGAAGGUCAAGCUUUAGCACAACAAUGGAAUUGUCCUAUGGUAGAAACUUCAGCGAAACACAAUGAAAAUGUUGCCAAAAUCUUUGACGUUUUGAUUGCCACUAUUGAAAAAGCCCACAAUCCUCCACCUGAAGAAAAGAACGCUUGUACCAUAUCUUAAGUUUAGUCUCAAAUAGAUAAUUGAUGAUCAUGAUGAAAUAAAUUACGUUUUAUAUUUGAUGUUGAUUAUGCAUAGUUAUUUGAUCUACUACAAAGAUGAUUUACCUUUUUUUUUUUUUUUUU